AUGAAGUUGACAGCCUUCCUUACCGUUCUCUCGCUCUCGUCGUUCGUGGCAGCUAUGCCUAUCUCAGAGAAGGCUCCUCGGGGAAUUAUUCCAUCUGGAAUCCUUCCAUCUCCUGCUGCUCUGAUGGACAAGAUGUUUCCGCACUCUGGUGUCCCGGAGCUUAUGGGGAAGGUUGAUGGAAUUACUGGCGUUUGUAUGUGUCGUAAGCUCAGUGUGGGAACUUGGCUGACUGAUUACAGAAUCGAUGAAGGGCGGAGGAAUAUGAGACACCUGACAUGGAACCUUGGACGAAGCUUGCGAGAAACUUAA